AUGUUUUCACUCGAGACUACCUCGACAACGACCGCUGACAACAUUAUCACUGACAGGAUGAAUCUUCAUCAUUAUCUUCUGCGGGAGAUGCAUGGGUACCUAGUUCACCCUUCUAUCCCUACAGACAACCCCAAUCUGAGAGUUGCCGAUGUUGGAACAGGAACCGGUAUCUGGCUUACAGAUUUGGCUCGCCAGCUCCCUUCCACCGUCUCCCUCGAUGGAUUGGAUAUUUCAUCUGAGGCUGCUCCACCCAAGGAAUGGCUACCAAAAAACAUGACUCUCCGGAGGUUUGACCUUAUGUCCGAGGUUCCUGAGGAUCUGACUGGAGUCUACGACAUUGUCCAUAUUCGACUAUUUGCCUUUGUCCUCAAAAAUGACCAUAUGAAGACAGCAAUGGAUAAUCUACUGAAGCUGUUGAAACCAGGUAAUUACAUUCAAUGGUCUGAGCCAGAUAUCCUAUCUUGGCGCGUUAGAACAACCACCCCGGAUAAGAAAACAGAAGCUCUGACAAACUUGAUGACUAUUAGUCAACCAAGGGAUGAGCGCUUAAAGCCAACUUGGAUUGCAAGACUUACAGAUGAUUUCCGUGAGCACGGUCUAAGCUCCAUUGAUGCUGAUUUUAAAGAUCCAUCGCUCGAAAUUAUUAUGCCUCUUCACGAGUGUAACCUGUUGAUCCAUGAAUUUCUGGCUCGCAAGGCACAGAGUACUGAGUGGGCGGAGUGGAUUAAGAAGAUUCUUCCAGAGGUUCUUCGUGAGACGAGAGAGGGAGCAGCCUGGGAUUUCACUCGUGUUGUAGUGGUUGGUCAAAAACCACUUUGA